AUGGCCCAUGAACAUUGUAAUAAAUGUUUUCUAAUUAAUUGUGUUCAUACAUCUUCUUGUCCAUUAAUUUAUUGUCCUAAUGGAUGUUUAUCUCGUAUGCAUGAAUGUAAACGUGAUGAUCAUGAAAAUAUUUGUUUAAAUGCUUAUAUACCAUGUUUAAAUGUUAAUUAUGGUUGUCCAUCUAUUAUUCGACGUUUUGAUCUUUCACGACAUUUACGUAUAUGUCCAGCAUCUAUAACAGUUUGUUCAUUUAUUUAUAAUCAUGAAUAUUAUUUAAAUAAUUUAGAAAAUUCUAUGAAUAAAAAUUUUAUUGAAAUAAUGGCUUAUCGUGAUAAUAUAUGGCAUGAACAUGUAACUGAAUUUGAAAAACGACAAGAAAAAUUAUAUUCAAAUUUAAAAUAUAAUAAAUCUAAAAAUAAACAAGUUGAACAUCUUAUUCGUAGUGAAAAAUAUCGUUAUAUAACAAUGCCAGAAUGUAUGUUAAGUAAAGGAGAUGGUGUUAUAUGUGCUGCAUGUCGAAAACAUCUUAGACAAUUAGAAGAAAAUGAAGAUCAACGUCUAUCAGAACUUAGCGAAGAAGAACGAAACAUGAUGAUUGAUUUUAAUUUACACUAUGAUAAAUAUUCUGAUCCGAUGACAAUACCAUCUCUAGUCAAAAUGUCUUCAACUUUAAUUAAUUCAUGUGAUAUAUCAAUACCUCCUUCAUCUACUCCUGUUACUCAAAAUUCAACAAAAGAAUUAUCUCAAAAUGAUCUUAUGCCUAUUAUAUCUGAUAUGGAAUUACCAUCAUCAUAUAUUUAUCGAUUAAAUUAUUUUUCUUCAAAUAAAUAUUUAAAAAAUUUAACAUCAUUUAAUAAAAAACCUCGAUUUUAUUGUCAUGCUUUAUGUCGUCGAGAUGAAAUUGAACAACAUUGGCAUAUACAUUUUCGUAUUGAUUGUAUUCUUAAUUCUUCACUUAUUCAACAAUGUCCAAAAUCUCAAUAUGGUUGUAAAUUUCAAUAUGAACGUCUUGAACCAUGUCAAAUAAAUGGACAAUCAAUUCGUAUACGUUUUGAUCAAAUAAAUGAUGCUAUUGCUUUUGAUUGGUAUCCAACAAUAAUUGAAGAUUAUAAUGAAAAAUUAGAUUUACUUAGUUUACCAUCAGAAAUACUUACGAAUAUUCUUCUAAAAUUGGAUAGUUUAUCAUUAAGAAAUAUUUCACUUGUUUGUCAUCGUUUACGUGCUUUAUGUCAAAAUUUAUUACCUUCACGAGGAAUUGUAGUUACUGAACAUGAACGUAAUGUACUUUCACAUGGAGAUAUAACUUGGAUUGAACGACAAAAACAUUGGUUAUUUACAAAUACAUCAUCUGCAGUUCCAAAAUGGCAAUUAAAAACUCCAAAUAAAUUAACAUCAUUAAAUCAACAUUUGAUAACAUGUCCAUAUGGUGAAACGAAAGAUCUAAAAAAUGAACCACCAUUUGCUUUAAUUGAAUGGAGUAAUGCUAAUGUUGUAUUAAAACCUAUCGAAUGA